AUGAAGCUUUUACAAAAAUGCAGAAUUGUACCUGUGGCAAAGCAGUUGCUGAUCCCCAGGAGGGUAAAAAUCAGGGCACAUGGAACGGUCGUACGGGAUGAAUGCACUAAUGCGGGGGGCAUCUCAAUGGAGAAUUGUUCGAUAAGUGGCACCCCCCCGAAAGGAGUAAGUUCUGCCCCACGCGCGAACCCCCCUGGGCAAUCCGAACUGGUCAGACAAAUAAGAAAGUCCUGCAGAAAAGAUGACCUGUGCAGCAUAUACAAAUUCUGCGAUCAAUUUGUGCACCUCCUAAAAUUGAAGCAAAUUAACCAAGACGAUUUUUCCAUAGUAAUUCACCUGUUGAGUAAAAAAAAAAUACACGACAACAGCUUUUGGAGACGUAUAGCCAGCACAGAUAAUGUGAAUUUCAUUUUCAGCAUGAACUUGAAGCAGAUAAUUCUCACCUUGUACAGUAUUGCCAAUUCGUACAGGUACACCAGCUUGACCUUUUUAAACGAAUUUACGCACAAGUUCAUAUUUGUCUUAAAAUGCCAGAGGAAACUCCUUUCUCGAGGAGGAAAGGCCGUGCGGCAAAGGACAAGUGACCCCCUCAUACGAGACAGUUACCACCCGUACGAUGAAUCGAACCACAUAACUUUUCAGCCGGUCAACAAUUUGAUAUACCAAAAAGGGGGAACUAAAAUUCAAGCCGACAAUUACGCGAAUGAAUUUACAUGUCUGACCAAAGAGAAGGAGGACCCCACAUGGAAUACGCUAAUUUGCAAAAACGAUGAUCAAAAUGUUAGUCCCCUCCUUAGGAAUAGGAAAAACCAUUUGAAUGGUUUAGACCUAACGCUAAUAUGCAACACAUACUCUAAGCUGAACAACGUAGAUGACCUGCAAAAUGUAGAAGAAUUAAAACAAAUUAUGUACAAACUUUUUCUCUAUUUUUUAUUCUUGAAAAGGAUAAAUUGUCACCAUAUUAUUCUCUUCAUGUAUAGCUACACACGGAUGCGAGGAAGUAUACACACAAAUGUGCUACGCAAAGUGUGGAAGGUGUUACUAAGCCCCGCAAAUGACCUGCAACAGCAUUUUCACCAACUGCGUCUUGUGCACACCCUGGAUGUGGGUUCAUUAAACAUGCUAAUGAAUGUACUGCAAAGGGGCAAUAUUAAGGAAGAAACAAUUUGCAAAGAAAUUAUCCUCUCCGUGGUUAUAAAUUUAAAUUUGAAGAAUGAAAAAAGGACCAAAAUGAAGGGGUCUGUGUUAAGUGGACAAGACGUUAACUGUGCUGAUCGGAUCGACUAUUUUGAAGACGAAUUGGGUCAUGCACCUCGAUAUUCCCUCUCCAGCCGCAGCAAUGACACGGCCCAAGAUAGUGACCCCCCCGUAACAGCGUGCACACCACAUCAUGGGGACCAUUUCUGGAUGCUAAAAAAAAGACAAACCCUCCUUGAACAUUUUACAAACAAGGAUUACACAUAUGUAACGGACGACGACCCCCCCGUUAAACUAAAAAAGAAAGACUUGUGCUUCCUUGUCUACAAUAUGAACAAGUUGAAAAUCAAAAAUUACUACAAUGUGUACGACUAUAUAAAGGACGAGUUGAAUUCUAACCUGCCAGUUAUGAAUGUGUACAGCUGCUGCAUCAUGUUGGACAGCUUAAUAAAUUUAAAUAUACUUGAUGAAAAAUUAUUUAAAAAAAUACUGACCACUUUGAAAAUAUUAUUCGAUAAAAAUCACUAUAACGAGAAGGACGUUACGGAAAUUUUCUCAUGCCUACGUACAUACGACCAGAAAAGUUCCUCUCAUCAUAUCGAAAUAUGCAACUUCCUACAAUCCUUAUAUUUAAAAGUACAAAUGAAGUUACAAAAAUAUAACUACAUAAAUUUAAUUUCCAUUUUCUGUUCCGCCUCUUACUUUAACAUAAUUUUUACCAACAAUGUGCUGCAAGAUUUGUGCAUAGACGUCCUUAACAAUUUUCAGUCAAUCGAUGUGAAAAUGCUUCUCCUCUUUCUGUACUUCUUAAAAAGUAAAAAUUACGAAAUUAAUAUAUUUUUUUUUAACACCAUCAUGGAGAAUGUUCUUCCCAAAAUAAAGGACGCGCAAAUAUUUUUUUACUCUUUUUAUAUUUUGUCAACUUUUGCUUCCAAGACGCUGCAAGAGGAGAUUCCCAUUUUGACCAAACUGGCCCAAUUACUGCAGCGCAAUGAAAACAUGCUAAAUGUAGAGGAAAAACUCGCCAUCGCAUUGCACACAGUUGUAACUCCUGUGUUGACGCUAAAUGAGACAUUCUUCCUCUUCUGCGAAAAAGUGUUUAUGGAUAUUUUAUUUGCAGCACCUGAGGAGGGUCACACACCACCAAGCAGAAACAAACAACUUGAUACAACGCCAAAGGUAACCCCCCCCAAAUGGAACAACACCUUUACCCCAUAUUUCAUCAGCCGUGAUAAUCAUAACAAUUUGGCUACUACCGAAUUGGAGGUUUUUCUUCCUCUGCUACUGUCAGAUAUGUAUGAGAAGAAACAUAUCCUUUUUAAAAAGGGGCACUACUGCCUAACAACGCAAGGUGAAAAGAACAAACACACCAAACUGUUGGGAAGCCAGAUAAACACACCUAAAUUGGACGUACACUUCAACUAUAUAUACAUCAAAUUGCAAAAUGAUGGCCUCAAUUACUUCGUAAAAAAUAAAAUCCAUUCGUUCGAUUUGCAAUUUUGCGCAAAACCGUUGGACACUCAAAGAGUGCAAAAAUACACCACGGAUUUAAACUCAAGCACAUAUUCAAAUGAAGCGGGAAAAAGGAACGACAGGACGAUCCAAUUUUGCAACGAAAUGAGGGAACACUUCCCCAACUUGGAAGAAACUCUUUUUAAUGUAAUCAAAAUAUGUUAUGAGGAUUUUUUUAUUUACACAUUUUUCGCAAAAAAAAAGGACCAACAUUCUUUUAAUUAUUGCAGCCCAAACGAACGCUGCAGUUACGCUGAUUCCUUUUUCAUACACAGGAAUGAUACCUUAAUUAUAAAAUUGAAAAAAAAUAUGUUCAUUAAUUCGCUGCACAUUCCGUAUGUCCUAAAACCCUUUCUGUAA